GGCUACACCUCCUUCUGGAAUGACUGCAUCUCUUCAGGCCUGCGGGGCGGCAUCCUCAUCGAGCUGGCUCUGCGGGGAGCAGCGGAUCUGCGUCCAGCCUUACGCCGGGUUCCCACUUUGUCUUUCCAGGUGCUCUUGAAGUCGGAUGCGCCAACUGGUGACGUCUUGCUGGAUGAGACCCUUCGACACAUCAAGGCCACGGAGCCUGCAGAAACGGUGCAGACCUGGAUAGAGCUGCUCACUGGGGAGACCUGGAACCCCUUCAAGCUGCAGUACCAGCUGAGGAACGUGCGGGAGCGCAUCGCCAAGGCGCUGGUGGAGAAGGGCAUCCUCACCACAGAGAAGCAAAACUUCCUGCUCUUCGACAUGACCACCCACCCCGUCAGCAACGCCACCGAGAAGCAGCGCUUGGUGAAGAAGCUCCAGGAGAGCAUGCUGGAGCGGUGGGUGAAUGACCCCCACCGCAUGGACCGCAGGACUCUGGCUCUCCUGGUGCUGGCCCACUCCUCAGACGUGCUGGAGAACGUUUUCACCAGCCUGACAGAUGACAAGUACGAUAUGGCAAUGAACAGGACCAAGGACCUCCUCGAUAUGGACCCUGAGGUGGAAGCUGCCAAAGCCAAGGGUGCAGAGAUGAUCUGGGCUGUCCUGGCAGCCUUCAAUAAGUCCUAA